UUGCAUGCGAUUUCGACGCGAGUCACUCUUCAAACACUCCAACAUGGAGUCAGAUUGUUGUCAGAUCAGCGGUCGUAGAUGAGGUUGAUUCUAAGCUCUAUGAUGAUGUUUCUACAAAGCUUGUUAUAAGUGACGUGUCCGAAACACUUUCAAAAUCACCAUGGCCAGAAAAAAUUCCAUUUUUUCCUGCCCAAUAUCUAUACAUUACUGAAGAGAUCUUGGAAGAGAAACCUGAUCCUAAUCUAAAGAAAUACGAGAGUUAUUUGAAUGUUUCAUUAGAUAAUAAUGAAGAUGACUCGUUUGAUUGGAUGGGUGAAGAAUAUGAAAAAUCUCGUCUGCCAAAAGGUGUUGAUAAAGCUUUCAGAAAAUUUUCGGAUCGUGUAUCGGAAUGGCCUGAUCAAUGCAUUAGGUAUGAGUUUGACGGACAGCCACUUUUAUAUAACCAAAGUGAUUCAACAGCUUCAUUAUUACUAUCUCCGCCACAUGGGUCUGUUAAACAACUUAAAACAAGUACGCAGCGAUUACCAAAAUGUCCAAAAUGUGGAUCCAAGAGAGUUUUUGAAUUCCAAUUAAUGCCAAAUAUGCUAUGCAUACUUCCAACAGGAGAGUAUGCAGCUAAUAGCUCUGAAAAGAAGAGUGGAAUAGAAGGUAGCAAAUGUGGGAUUGCACAAUUUGAUGUUGGAAUGGAAUGGGGAACAGUAAUGAUUUUUACAUGUCAAAAAGAUUGUGAAAUGUAUAAUGUUAGCAAAGAUGAAGUAUCUUAUUACGAAGAAUUGGUUUUGGUACAAUAUGAACUGUAG